CUUGGACAGGAGACUACGGCUUAUACAAGUCGAUAUAUUAAAGAAAACAUCAUUUAACAACUUACAUCAUUUUCAACAUCUUAAAAAUGGAUCGAAGUCUUGAUGAAAUCACUGGUGAUCGUCAGGUAAGCCCUGUCAAAACUCGACGCCUAGAAAAUGUUGUCUCAGCCUUGCAACACGACAUAAAACUGAUAUCUUUGAGCAGCAGAGAAAUGGUGGAAAUCGAGGUCGACAAGGCCGCAGAAACAAUCGCAAUGACUUGCCUCGUGACGGUGUAAGAAAGGUAAGAGUUCUAUCUCGAUCCUUCGAGUCUCCAAUCUCGAAUCUCAAGUCCAUUCGCUCACAUUUCACCGCUUCAGGUGCAUACACCUCCUCUAUCCUCAUAUACUUAAUUCCUCCCAGAAUGUUCUCAGAUCGCAUCGCUGCUUCAAUCAGCGCAUGGCGCCUCGACGGUUCAUGGAUAGUACGUAAAUAGAAUAAAUAGCUAACCCACGCCCCCUCUCCUUUGGCAGCCAAAUCGAGGAGAUGAUUCUAGAAACAUAGACUCGUAAGUGUUAAACUUUCCAAUUAUAUCGAAAAGUAACUGACAUUACUAGGGAAUGGGUGCAUGAUAAAUACGAUGAUCGAAGUACGCAUCACUUCCAUAUUUUCAUACCCUUUCGAUCUCCUAGCUCACAGAUAUCCUAGACGCCCAUUCCUCGAAUCGCCCGGAAAGACGCAACUAUGAAGAUGAAAGACCAUUGUAUGCAAUCUAUACUUCCCGGUUCGCACUACGUGCUAACACACAAAAGAAACAGUGCAAAGAUUUUGGUCGAGAAUGUACACUAUGAUUUAACAGAAGACGAAUUGGAGGUAUGAAACACGAAGCAAUGGGAUGGCCUCUUUUACUAAAAUUCCAUUAGGGUCUUUUCGAGCGCAUUGGCCACGUCGCUUUUUUGAAGCUUGUUUAUGACCGAGCUGGGCGUUCGGAAGGGAUCGCGUAUGUAACUUAUGAGGACCCAAGAGAUGCGAAGAGAGCCAUUGAGGAGUUCCACGGCGCAAACGCCAACGGUAAGGGUUACGUGCAUAAUCGCCUAUAAUGUUUCUAAUAUUUUCUAGGUCAACCAAUCCGCUUGAGAUCUGUUCCAGAAGGUCCAUCAAGGGGUCGUGGAGGUAGAAACCAGUAUGAAUCAGGAGCGGGUCGUUCCCUUGCCGAUCGCAUGACUCUUCCUCGUUCUCGUUCUUUAUCUCCUCCAGUCAGACAUUCUGAUGUCAGCAAACCACCGCCUGAAAAUGUUGAUCGAUAUGUUCCAGGAGAUCGAGGAGAUCGAGGAGACCGAGGAGACCAAGGAGACCGAGGAGACCGAGGAGACAGAAGGAGACGCUCACGUAGUCCUUUACCUCGCCGAGGAAGAGAUGGUCGCAGGCCUGGUGCAAGAAGAGAGAGAGGCGACCGUAAUACUGGUCGCGGAGGGGAGAAACCUGCAAGAGAUGGUAGACCAAAGAAAACACAAGAAGAACUCGAUGCCGAGAUGGAUGAUUACUUUGGGAAUGGAUCAAAACAAGAAGAAAAUGACAAUGGCACUACGAAUGAAGCUCCAGUUGCAACCCAAGAGCAUGUUCAAGCUGGGGAUGACAUCGAAAUGGUUGAAUAGAUUUCAUGCAGUACAAUAGGAGGAAAUUUUCUGUCUGACUCUGGAUCGCUUAUGGACUAGAUUGUUUAACGCGUAUAAUAUGGGAAUAUUCUGAUAGACUAGGAGCAGGUCAAUGUUAUAUAUUAUUGAUUGCGUUCCUGCUCCUAACCACCCUUUUGGAAGAAUUUCAAGGAAAGAAUCACUUUUGCUUAUCAUCUCUUCUCAAAAGUAUCUUUAGCAAGUCAUGGAUUUCCAUUUUCCUUCACCAUAUCCCCAGCUACUAAUAUACCGAGCGACAAGCAGUCCUCUCGAUCCUGAUACUUAAUUUCUAUUCCUUGUUUAUCUCAUUCAUACUUCAC